GAGUGGGGCGGGGACCUUCCAAGAAGAUGCUAAUAAAUCCACGUGACAACAUUUACAUAAAAAUUUCAAACUUGACGGCCGCCUUUCUGCCAUUCUUAUGGGCUGACGUAAACUUGAAUGAGUAACCGUGCUCACAGAACCUACCCUCUCAUUUGCUUUUGCAUCAUUACUAGAGUCCGCAGAGGAAAGACUUGUUCAUAGUCCUUUUUGCACUUUUCUUACUAUAUAUGGAGCAAAUAUAUAAUAUAUAUAAAUACAUACCAUGAUCGACCACCCUUUUACCUUCCAAUUUUAAGAGAGUAGCUAACUGGAAGUUGUUUCAUGGGAAUCUUUGUGGCCAACUUGCCAGAGAAAGAUCAAAUGAAUAAUAACCAGGCAAGUCAAUCUUCUUCAACCAAAAUUGAAAGGAGGGUUGUAGAGAAGAAUAGGAGAAAUCUCAUGAAACUUCUUUACUCCAACCUCUUCUCUCUCCUCCCUAACCAAAAUCCUAAGGAGCCAUUAACUCUGCCCGAACAAAUAGAUGAGGCCAUCAACUACAUAAAAAGCAAAGAGUCGAAGCUGCAGAAAUCAAGGGAGAAGAAGGAGAGCUUGGUGGGCACUAGAAAAAGAUCACAUGCUACAUCAUUCAUAAAUGCUGAGAGCAUGGAACCAAAAAACUUAAGUAUUGAGAGCGUAAGGAGCACAAAAGCACCCCAAAUCCAAAUCCAUGAGACAGGCUCCACAGUAGAGGUAGUACUGACUACUGGCUUAGACAAUCAUCAGUUCAUCUUCUACGAAAUUAUUCGCAUACUUGACGAAGAACAGGCGGACGUCGUGCAUGCUGGCUUUUCAACUUUGGGAGACACUGUAUUUCAUGUAGUACGUGCAGAGAUGCACAAGUCUGUGUUGGAUUUUGGGGCUGCAAGAAUAACUGAAAAGCUUAAUAGAUUUGUCAAUGGAUCCACCAGAGACCAAGAAUUACAGCAAGAUUGCUUUUGGGACUUCGAAUUGGAGCCUGUGGCAAUACUAUAGGAUCAGUUGACAAGUACUCCACGAAACAAAUUAAUCAAUCCUAUUUCCCCGAUGAACUAACUAUGUACAUUGAACAAACUGCAAAAAUGGGUCGUUUUCCAUGCACCGAUAUUAGGGGAUGAUCGAUUUGACCUAAAUCAUAUGUUAUAAAAUAUAUAACAUAUAUAUAUAUAUGAUGUGACAGCUUAAGUUGGCUAUUAAUUACUUAUAACAUUAUAUAAUCUGUAUUGUAAGGUUUAGUUGUUGUUGGUUGUUAUAACAUAAAUUUGUAUCA